AUGACUAAAAGCAGCGGCAUUAGAAAGAAGGUCAAACUUUCUUAUAUUCUCAAUCGCACUGUGAGAAAAACUACAUUCAAAAAGAGAAAAGUUUGUAUUGUGAAGAAAUUAGAUGAACUCACUACUCUAUGUGGAGUUGAGGGGUGUGUGAUCAUCUAUAGUGAAUUUGAUUCACAACCUGUUGUAUGGCCAUCCAUAAAUGAAGUCCGGAGACUUAUUACGAAGUUUCUAAAUUUUCCGAAGAUUGAUCAAGGGAAACGUAAGGUCAACCAAGAGACCUUCACAAGGCAGAGGAUUGAAAAGGUAGAAGAGAAGCUGAAAAGAUUACAACGGGAGAAUCGUCUUAAAGAAAUAACCUAUAUCAUGUUUCAAUCCAUGAUAAGCCCACAAAGUGCACUGUCAAAUUUGAAUGUGGAGGGUUUUGAGUACUUGGCUAGUGUUGCUAGCCAAAACUUAAUGGAGGUUGAAAAGUUGAUGGAGAUCCGUCGGAGGGACUCCUCUUUCAAUCCUCCUCCUCAAUUUAAUGCCAGUGGGAGUGGAGUUGGUGGUAGACAGCAUCUUGUUGUAAGCCAAGAUGUACAUCAUGGGAGGUUUGGUUCUUCUAUGGAGCCCAACAUGAUCACGUAUUCUCCUCUUCCUCCAUUCAUGGAGUUUCUGACUCCCAAUAUGGGAUUUGAGCCUCAUCCUAUGAACUUCCAACCUACAAACAUGAUGUUUGAGCCUAUAAAUGUAGAUUAUCAAUAUGCAAACAUGGGGUUCCAGCCUCUUCCCAAUAUGGAUUUUCAACCGGCCAUAGAAUUUCAGCCUCUGCUCACUGAUUUCCCUCAAAAUGACUUGCCUGACAUGGAUCCCAACAUGGGCAUGCCUGACCCGAGCGACCUGCCCCCAUUUCCUUGA